AGGAAAUCAGAAUAAAUAGUCACACAACCGAGGAAGAUUCUCUCUCAUCAGCACCACCUCUCAGCAUCCAUUCCCAGCUAAACGGAUUCUCCGGAAUAUUUGUUUUUACCUUGUCGACGACACACACACACAGCCCAAACAGCGAUGGAUACCUCCGGGAAAGAGAAGGAGGCGAUGCAGCUGAUGGCUGAAGCCGACAAGAAGGUCAAAUCCUCCGGCUCAUUCCUGGGGGGGAUGUUCGGGGGGAGUCACCACAAAGUAGAAGAUGCAUGUGAGAUGUAUGCCAGAGCAGCCAACAUGUUCAAGAUGGCCAAGAACUGGACUGCUGCUGGUAAUGCGUUCUGCCAGGGGGCCCGGCUCCACAUGCAGCUGCAGAACAAACUGGACUCAGCCACCAGCUUCGUCGACGCAGGGAACGCUUACAAGAAGGCUGACCCUCAGGAGGCUAUCAACUGUCUAAAUGCAGCCAUCGAUAUUUACACUGACAUGGGUAGGUUUACUAUUGCAGCCAAACAUCACAUCACCAUCGCAGAGGUGUAUGAGUCUGAGCUGGUGGACAUAGAGAAGGCGAUCGCCCACUAUGAGCAGGCAGCCGAUUAUUAUAAAGGGGAGGAGUCCAACAGUUCUGCUAACAAGUGUCUGCUGAAGGUGGGCCACUACAGUGCUCAGCUGGAGCAGUAUCCGAAAGCCAUUGAGAUCUACGAGCAGGUGGCCACCAAUACCAUGGACAACCCCCUGCUGAAGUAUAAUGCCAAAGAGUACUUCUUUAAAGCCUCCCUCUGUCACUUCAUAGUGGAUGAACUCAACGCAAAGCUGGCCAUAGAGAAGUAUGAGGAGAUGUUUCCUGCUUUCGCAGACUCCAGAGAGUGCAAGCUGCUGAAGAAGUUGCUGGAUGCCCAUGAGGAGCAGAACUGUGAGGCGUUUACUGAAGCUGUUAAAGAGUUUGACUCCAUCUCUCGUCUGGACCAAUGGCUCACCACCAUGCUGCUCCGUAUCAAGAAGACCAUCCAGGGAGAUGCUGGAGAUCUCAAAUAAAGAGAGAUAGAGGGGUGGGUUGGGGGAGGAUACAAGAGGGAGGGAGGGAUAGAGAAAAAGAUGGCUAGGUAGAUAGAUGAUGGAGAGAGAGGAUGGGAGAGAGGAUGGACAGAGACAGAAGGAGAGAUGAGGGAGAAAGGGAUGGAGGGAGAGAUAUAGGGUUAGGGCAGUGGUGUGAAGGGAGACAGGUCUUUAUGCGUUUGAUGUGUUCAGUGUAAAUAAGUCCAUGGCUCCUGUAGUCCAUCAUGUCUUACCAUACCUCUCUUCACACUCCUGUCAAAAACGCUGUUUCAACUUAAAAUAGGAGUUACCCAGCUGAUGUAAAGUUACGUCAACUUAUCAAGUUGAGUUGACAAAACCAGGGAACAAAUGAUUAGAUAUAUUAUAGUAUACAAGUUCAUACAACUUUAUAUUUUAGGUCAGUGGGGUACACUUACACUCAUGUUUUAAGUUGAAACAGUAAGCCUUUUACAGUGCAUGUCACACUUAACCUUCCUAACCUCUCCACUGAAUGUUCCCUUGUUUGGGCCCUGUGCGUUCAUGUUUUAACAUGUAGGGCUUACAGAUAGUGUGUGAAAAGGUGGAGUGUGUGUGUGUGUGGCACGCACACAAUGUAUCACAUUGAAGCCAAUAUAUCUGUGCCAGUACUGGUUGUCAUUGUUUUGUUGUUGUUGUUGUUGUUUUGUGUGUGAGUGAGUGAGUGAGAGAGACCACCAAAGGGACACCCUGUUCUAUUCAUUAUAUUUCUAUGGUCCCCUUAGAUAUGUUUUCCACCCCUAGACACCUCCCCUAAUCCGCUAGACACUUAUGAUCUGAAAAGAUUGGCUAGGUAUAAGCACACACAAAUCCAAUCCUCUCAGAUCUACACGUGUUAAGGGUCAAAGGUUAAGGCCAGAGAUUAUGGGAAGUGUCUGUAAUGUAGUGUGUGUUGCUGUGGUGUGUGUAUUCCUCUCAGCAUGUUGCCAUGGUAAUGAUGUGUGUGUUCAGUGUUGUGUGCAGUCAAACUACAGGUUAUCACACAUAUCUAUAUGUUCAUGAAUUACCACACGUGUGUGCAAAAAUUUACUAAAAAUAAAACUUCAACAAACUUG